AUGGCGCGGUUUCCGCUGUUCUACUCUACCUGUAGGCAGCAGAAGCGAUUCUUCCGCCCUUGGGAAAUCAUCGAUUUCUUUUUUGGAAUACCCGUCACUGUGCUAGCUGCCUAUGACGAUGGUUCGGACUUAGUCCUCGAGCAGAGACUGGUGCCGGUUAUUAUACUCAUGCCGGGCACGGUGCACCGGAAGACUGGGACUUGCGUGCUAUCCCACGAUCCGCCACAACCCUGCAGCCGUUGA